AUGCUGUCCUCUGUAUUUGCCGCAUUUCAGUCUCCGACACCCGAGGGAGUACAACAGCGACCCCCGCGGUAUGCCGGCGAGGACACAACCCCCACGAGCCGCCGGGAGAUCCUUGGGUGGUACUCGUACGGGAUUGCGGCUGAGGUGUUCGCGGUGUGUGGCGUAGGAUCAUUCCUUCCCCUCACCCUCGAACAACUGGCCCGGGAACGCGGCGUCCUACAGACGAGUCGCGAAUCCUGUGUUGGAGCAUCAUCCGGAAAUAGCACGCAGGAUGCAAGUGGCCAGUGUGUGGUACCUAUCUUGGGCCUGGAGAUCAAUACGGCCAGCUUUGCCAUGUAUACUUUCUCUUUGGCAGUGCUCAUCCAGGCGUUGACGUUGAUAUCGUUCAGCGCUCUGGCGGAUUAUGAAAACAACCGCAAGACAUUGCUGAUGUUUUUCGGAUUCGCGGGAUCGAUAGCUAGCAUGUUAUUUGUGUUCAUCGCGCCGCCCGUAUAUAUUCUGGGUGCAAUCUUGGUCGUCGUCGGCGUGACCUGUCUCGGUUCCUCAUUUGUCGUGCUCAAUUCUUUCCUUCCGGUGCUUGUCGCAAACGACCCGUCACUCCAGGACGGUAAAGCCAACGAAGGGGCGGAACUUUCGAGCUUCGACCGCGAAGACUCGGAUUGGAAUGCAUGGGGUGACAAUGAUAGCUUGGAUGGACUAAAUCCUUCGGGCGCGCAAGCGCAAGGCUCGCCGGAAGGUGGCGAGCACAAGGCUCCAUCGUCAUCUUCGCCAGAGCUGCAGCUGUCCACCAAGAUCUCGUCCAAGGGAGUCGGUCUCGGGUAUUGUGCAGCGGUAUUCGUGCAAAUAAUCAGUAUCGUGCUGCUCAUCACACUAUCCAAGACCUCGCUCGCCAAGGUAUCGGCAACGCUUCCGAUGCGCUUCGUAUUGCUGCUAGUCGGCAUCUGGUGGGCUGCAUUUACCUUCGUGUCUCGCCAUUUGCUGCGGGCUCGCCCGGGGCCACCCCUGGACGUCUCCACCUCUGGAGGCAAAUGGCGGGCAUGGAUGGGACUGGUCAGAUUCGCGUGGAAGUCCCUCUGGCAAACCGUCAAAGUUGCUGUCAAGCUGCGCGAGGUGCUUCUUUUCCUGGUUGCCUGGUUUUUGAUCUCCGACGCGUUGGCCACCGUCUCUGGGACAGCGAUCCUAUUUGCACGCACCGAACUGCAUUUAAGCACGCCAUUAGUCGGACUCUUGUCCAUCACCGCCACGCUGUCGGGGAUGGCGGGCGCAUUUCUGUGGCCCCACGUCUCGCGAUACUUCGGACUGCAGUCGAAUCACACGAUUAUCCUGUGCAUGGCACUAUUUGAACUGAUUCCUUUGUAUGGCUUGUUGGCUUACAUCCCCUUUAUACAAAAAUGGGGCGUGAUUGGAUUACAACAGCCAUGGGAGAUUUUCCCCCUGGCAGUUGUUCACGGAGUUGUUGGGGGUGGCCUGGCCUCGUACUGUCGAUCUUUCUUUGGACUUCUCAUUCCCCCGGGGAACGAGGCUGCAUUCUAUGCCCUGUACGCCGCGACCGACAAGGGGAGCUCCUUUAUUGGACCGGCGAUUGUGGGUGUAUUGGUGGAUGCGACCGGGCAAGUCCGCAGCGGCUUUUUUGUCAUCGCCAUUUUGAUUCUUAUGCCAAUUCCACUAGUGUGGAUGGUGAAUGCAGACAAAGGCCGAAAUGAAGGUUUGGCUAUGGCUGAGACCCUGAAGUCACAUGGACAGGAAGAGGAGGCAGAGGGGCUUCUAAGGAAUGAAACAGACUAA